AUGGUGAGCAAGAAACACCAGGGUGAAAAACCUUUACUGGACCGGGGGAGAUGCUUUGAGAGUUCCUCAACACUUCUGCUCAUCGACUUUGAGAAGGCCUUCUUUGGCUGGGCAUCCCACUACAAACAACGUGGAUUUUUCUCCUUGUUUGAAGUCCUCAAAAGCCUGUCUGACAUCACUGUUGCAGACACGUCAAAGCAGGCGCAGCUGAUGGAGGUGCUGAAGAAGGAGGUGAGGUCCUUGCUAGUGGCUGCCAAAGAGGGCUUAACCCCAGCAGAGCUGGAGCGUGACUACAUGGCCAUGAUCGGAAAACCUCUCCCUGUCCGUGACCUGGGCUUCCGAUCCGCCUUGGAGCUGGUGGAGAAUAUGCCUGAAGUUGUCAGGGUCUGCCCUUACGAAAAAGGCACUUUUAUCCUCAGAGCCAUUGCAGAUGAGAACACAAAAAUGAUUGCCCAACUGGUUGCCAAACAGAGAUGUUCUAAAUCCCGGAAGGGUGCUGCUGGGAAGGCGGGAGUUGCUCAUCCUCCUAAGAAUCCACAGAGGGUCAGGACCCCCAUCCUGCCAGUGACAGUGAAGGCUCAGCUGCAGGACCUGCUGAGUUCCUCACCGCUUCUGCUCGUCGACUUUGAGGAGGCCUUCUUCAGACGCUUUGGCCGGGCAUUCCAGUACAAACAAUAUGGAUUUUUCUCCUUGUUUGAAGUCCUCAAAAGCGUGUCUGACAUCGUUGUGGUUGAGCAGACAAGAGCAGGUUCCUUGCUGACUCUGAAGAAGUGCAUGUCAAGUGAGAUAGAGACAGGAGAGACGCCCCAAGCACCUGCAGCUGAGAUGGCUCCUUUGGAACCAAUCUGUGAGACAGAGAUCUUCCAUCUGACAGCAGGAGAGAAGUCAGAGUCAGUGGAAACACAAGCAGUAAAUUCGUUUAAUGGCUUCAAACAAAAAGGAGGAAGGGAGAGUGUGAAUGUUUCUAUCACAGGGAAAGUUAUCAUCCAACCUCAAGAUUUGGAACCAUCCUUACUAGCUAAGUUGAUGGCUCCAGAAAUCCCCCUCGAUGCUGUUCAGGACAGAAGCCUUUGCAGUUUACCACCACUGGAGAGAAGGUGCUUGGUGGGAGUCUUUGUGGAAUUCGUCGUCUCUCCCAGCCAGUUCUACGUCCGCAUCUGCAGCAGGGAAAAUUCUGACCAACUGCAGGAUAUGAUGGUUGAGAUGAGACACUGUUACUCAAAUAAACUUGUUUCUGACCGUUACAUCAUGCCCGAAUCUUCAAUACAGCCUGGACAGCUUUGCUGUGUGACUGUCUUGAAGUGGUGGUACCGUGUGAUCAUCCACCGUGUGGUCAGUGACCAAGAAGUGGAGGUUUUCUACCCAGAUUAUGGGAACCUCGACAUUGUCCGAAAGUCUUGCCUGAGAUUCCUCAAGUGGUGCUACUUGAAGCUCCCUGCUCAGGCCAUCCCAUGUUCCUUGGCAUGGGUAAAACCCGUGGAGGAUACAUGGUCCAGUGCAGCCACUCUCCUGUUCAAGAAGCUGUGUAGCUCCAAGUUACUUGUGGGCAUCGUGGAUGAAUAUGUGAAUGGCAUUUUGCAUCUCUUCCUGUGUGACACAUCUACCAAGGAGGAUGUCUACUUCCACAGUGUCCUGAGGGAUGGGGGAUGUGCAGAGGUCUGCGGAGAGAACAUUCCUUCCCAGGGAUUCAAGGAGCUGAAUCCUUCAGCCUUGUAUAUUCAGCCCAGUGGAAAUCAGGAGAAUGGCAAACUGGUGGAGCCAGACCCUUGCUUGCAGCAGGAAUCCAUAGAUGCAGUUAGUGAAACAGCAAGCUCAAAGCUAGAUGGGGAUGAACCGUGUGACCAGCAAUGGCACCUGCCUUCUGAGGAGACACAGGAUGAUGUGCUGCCACUUUUGGAGGAAGUGGGUAUCCCAAGAACAACAGACCAAGAUCCUGAACUGGCACAGGAGGAUACAAAUGAAGCUCUUACAGAGCUUAUGGCAGUGGUUAAGACACCUCAUUCUCUUGGAGAGUCCUCAGUGCCUGCUGUCUUAUUCAAGUCAGUGGAAGACUUUUACACCUCCUUUACCUACUCCGAGCAACCAGCAGAAAUGAGCCAAGAUGACCCUGGUCAGAUAGAAGGAUUUUCCAACAAGGUCCAACUUCGUGAAGCUGUCCAUCCCUCUGUUCUACUUAUGGCAGCACCCUUUAUGCUGGACAACCAUAACAAUGAAGAGAAAAUGAAGAGCAAAGACGUUCCUGGGUGUCUUGCUGUCAGCUCCUACAGCUCUGGUGGGCUGUCAGACCAGGGGCCAUCUCAGAAACUCUAUGUCCCUCCCACCACACUCUCCACAGUGUUGGCUGCUGCACGCUUGGCCACUUCCAGACACUACUUCCAGUGGCUCCCAAGCCUGAGAAAGAAGGUGUGAGAAGAGGGGAGAAGCUGGAGCAGCUGCAGAGGAAGGCUGCCUCCAUGUGCCCGUGUUGUCAUUUUCUUUGUUCAGAAAUGUUUAAUCCCUUGGGAAGGUUGGGAGUCUGACAUCUUCUCAGAUGUGCCCAGUAUUUGUCACAAAUGUUACUUUUGCUUUCAGGAAAAUAGUUUGGUUUUGCUGUAC